AUGGCCACCGCAUUCCAGGAGCUGCUGGGCCUCGACGCUCUGCCCCAGACGGGCCGCCAGGCGCGCGAUGCCUCCCGCGCCCUGGGCGACCUCGUCCUGGCGGGGGUGGCGGUGUCGCCGCUGCUGGGCCAGCUGGUGGCGGAGCACCUGAGCGCCGCCCGCGCCCCGCCGCCGCGCUUCGUCGACGUCAGCACAGGCAAAGCGCACAGCCGCCCGCACGCCCACCCAGCCCAGCCGCGCACCGCAGCAUGCCCGCAAUGCGACGCUACCGCCUCAGGGCCUGAAGCCUCUGCCCUCCCGCUCACGCCCUCCCCCAGCCCACACCCGCCUCCACCUCGCCCCUCCUGCCUCUCAAUGCCCCGCCACCACCCCACCCCCGGCUCUCCUGCAGGCCUGCGCUUGCGCUACCUCGAAUGGGGCAGCGGCGGCGAGGUGGUACUGCUUCUGCACGACCUGGGGGAGGCGGCUGACAUCUGGGCGCCCAUCGGCCGCCGCCUGGGCGAGCGCGGCUACCACGCCUUUGCGCUGGACCUGCGGGGCCACGGCGAGUCUGGCGGGUCGCGGGACGGGUGGUACAGCGCCGACAUGCUGGCGGAGGAUGUGCGCGCCUUCAUACUGGCCAAAGACCUGUACGUGGCGCCGCUGGCGGUGGUGGGAUGCGGCAUGGGCGCCGCCGCGGGGCUGGCACUGGCCCAGCACAACCCCUUCCUGGCGGGCGCCCUCCUGGCGGCGGAAUUCUCGCUGCCGGUGGCUCAGGUGCGGGCCCUGCAGGCGCGGCAGGCAGGCGCCCAGGCCGGCAGCGCCCAAGCAGGCGCCAGCGGCAACGGCGGCGGUGGCGGCAGCGGCAGCGGCAGCGGCGGCGGCAGCAGCGGCGGCGGCGGCGGCGGCGGCGCCCUCAGCAGCAAGCAGCUGCUGCCGUGGUGGGGGUUCAGAGCGGGCCAGGCGGCCGCAUUUGGUGGUGUGGAGCACUGCGCCGCCUUCCUGGCACACCCGCUGGCAAGCCUGGCCCCCGGCCUGCUGCUGCCGCUGGCCCGCGCAGCGCAGCGGGCGCUGGCUUGCGCGGGCGGCGAGGCCGGUGCCAGCGUCGGCAACAGCGUCGGCGCUGCUGCUGUUGGCGGCGACGACGGCACCGACGGCGGCAGCAGCAGCCCCAGCGCAAGGGACGGGCCUGCCGCCGACCCCGCAGAGGAGGCGGCGCAGCUGCAGCAUCUGCUGGCGCAGGCGCAGCGGCCGCUGCGGGGCGCCGUGGCGUCCGCCUGCAGCCUGCUGCGCCUGCCGCCAGGCCUGGUGGAUGGUUACGCGGGUGACGGCGACUACUACGGCGGCUUUGAGGAGGAUGACUCGGGCGGGCUCAAGCCCCGCAUGGAUCCAGCUUUCCUCUUCAGCUUCGACCCCGCCGCCCUGCUGGCGGGCCUGCCCAGCCUGCGCUGCCACCUGCUGCUGCUGCACGGCGGCACCGCGGGGAGCUGGGUGACGCCUGGCGACGCCGCAGCCAUGGCGCAGGCCGCGGCGGCCGGCGGCGCGGCGUCGGCGGCGGUGGCGGCGGUGCCGGGCGCGGGCCACUUCCUUGCGUCGGACCACCCGGACCAGCUGCUGCAGCAGAUUGUGGGGUUCCUGGAAGGCCCCGCCAUCCGCUGCUUCGACCGCCGCUCCCUGGCGCCGGCGGUCGCGGCGGGGUGCCGCCGCCCCGAAGUGCUGGGCCUCAAGCCGCUGCCGCAGUAUGCGUCUGUGGAGGAGGCCAAGAAGGCCCUGGGCCCGCGCGCCAUCCCCACCGCCGCCGCCAUCGAGGCGGAGCUGGUCAGGCUGCGGGUGGAGGAGGGGCGGGCAGCGGACGACGCCAGCAGCGAGGAGGGGGAGGCGGGCGGGCACCGCACCGCGCUGGCCAAGGAGCCGCCAGACUACUUUGGGUUUGUGGGCUGA